AUGCAGUAUGCAGAGACCCUGAGGGAGAUCAGCAUGGGUGAGUUCUAUUUCAGCAUGUUUAACUUUUACAUCGCUUUCUGUGUCGUGGGCCUCUUUAAUGUGGUCACUGGCGUCUUCGUGGACAGCGCCGUGUGUACACGAACCGAGGAUGAGAUUGUGCAGGGAUAUCUGGAUGAGAUGAGAUCGAUGACUGAAUCCAUUAAGGGAUUCCUGAAGAAGGCCGACAAGGAUGCCUCUGGCACUUUGACCUACGAGGAGUUCCAAGCGCAUAUGGCAAAUCCAGUCGUGAAGGCCUACUUUUCGGGCUUGGACAUCGAUCCAGAUGAGACCAAGAUUAUUUUCACUCUGCUAGAUUCAGACUGCAAUGGUGAUAUUGAUAUUGAA